AACAGGGCAGUCGGACGGCCCAAAGGGAAACUGGGCCCAGCUUCUGCAGUGAAGCUCGCAGCAAACCGGACGACAGCCGGGGCACGCCGGAGGAGGACGCGAUGCCGCAAGUGCGAGGCGUGCCUGCGGACAGAGUGCGGAGAGUGCCACUUCUGCAAAGACAUGAAGAAAUUUGGGGGCCCUGGCAGGAUGAAGCAGUCCUGCAUUAUGAGGCAGUGCAUUGCACCGGUGUUGCCCCAUACUGCCGUGUGUCUGGUGUGCGGAGAGGCCGGGAAAGAGGACACAGUGGAAGAGGAGGAGAGCAAGUUUAAUCUCAUGCUAAUGGAGUGCUCCAUUUGUAACGAAAUCAUACACCCAGGAUGCCUUAAGGUGAAGGAGUCGGACGGGGUGGUCAACGACGAGCUGCCCAACUGCUGGGAGUGUCCCAAGUGCAACCAUGCAGGGAAAACUGGAAAACAAAAGCGCGGACCAGGAUUCAAAUACGCAUCCAACCUGCCCGGCUCGCUGCUGAAGGAGCAGAAGAUGAACAGGGACAACAAGGAGGUGACAGACGCCGCGAAGCGGAAAGGGGACUGCGAGGAGGCUCCCAGGCGGAAGUCGGAGGAGCACUCCAAAAAGCCUCCAGUCGACUCCAUCCUGAGGAGGAAGUCGGACGAGGUGCACCUGUGGAGGAAAAGGAAGUUUGAGAAGCCCCAGGAACCCACGAUGAGAAAGCGG